AUAUCGUACUGUUAGAGGAAAACCCGGGACCUGGAAAAAAGAGGCUAUUUUUGUUUGUUUGUUUUUCUUAGAAAACAUAUAAUUUGAUACUGAAGAGGGAUUCUUAGUUGAAGUCUCCUGUAAAGUGAUCCUUAUAGUUUUGUCCGUGGCGCGUUUCCGUGGCGAUGGGAGACAGCAUGUCGAAGCGGAUGAAGCUGGUGACAGGUCCUGAAUCGGAGAUGGAGGAACGGUCUUUUUUGAAUCCACAUCCAGACUGGGACCAGGGCGCUUUCACAGCUGGUACUGCUGGUUCCGAAAGCGACAGUGAACACUUUGAUUCAAACGGCAAGAUCAGCGAUGGCUUCAGGAAUAAGGUUAACAAGAAGAUCAAUGACCUGCUACAGCAAAUGGAGGAGGGCCUGAAGAUGGCCGACCCACACGACUUCUCUGCUUACACAGGAUGGACAGGUAUAGCCCUGCUGUACCUGCAGCUUUACCAGGUGAACAACGAGCCGGCCCAUUUGCAGAGAGCCCUUGACUACGUGAAGAGGACCUUGCGCAACCUGAACGGCAGGAGAGUCACCUUCCUGUGUGGCGAUGCGGGUCCGCUGGCUGUGGGGGCUGUGGUCCACCAUAAACUGAAGAAUGAAACUGAGAAAAAAGAAUGCAUUACAAAGCUUCUACAGCUGCACAGAACAGUGGUGGGCUCUAACUCCGAUCUCCCCGAUGAGCUGCUUUAUGGCCGGGCUGGUUACCUUUACGCACUGCUGUAUGUGAACAAAGAGAUCGGGCCUGAAACCGUACCCGAGUCCAACAUCAAAGAGGUUGUUGAUGCUAUCCUUGAAUCGGGGAAGAAGCUGUCCAAAGAAGAACGAAAAACAGAACGGUGCCCCCUUUUGUAUGAGUGGCAUCGGAAGCAGUAUGUGGGAGCAGCCCAUGGCCUGGCAGGGAUCUACUGCAUGCUCAUGCAGCCAAGUGCAAAGUUGAAUCAAGAAGUCCUGACAGAGCUGGUUAAACCAAGUAUUGACUAUGUACGCCACAAAAAGUUCAGAUCUGGAAACUACCCAUCAUCCCUCAGCAACGAGAUGGACCGAUUAGUGCACUGGUGUCACGGGGCUCCUGGAGUUAUACACAUGCUUAUACAAGCUUACAAGGUGUUUAAAGAGGAGAAGUACCUGAAGGAUGCAGUGGAAUGCAGUGAGGUGAUCUGGCAGAGGGGAUUGCUGAGAAAAGGCUAUGGAAUCUGUCACGGGACAGCAGGAAACGGCUACUCCUUCCUGUCGAUGUACAGCCUAACUCAGGAUAAGAAGUACCUGUACAGAGCCUGCAAGUUUGCGGAGUGGUGUUUAGAUUAUGGGACCCAUGGGUGCCGUAUUCCAGAUAGACCGUAUUCUCUCUUUGAAGGUAUGGCUGGAGCUGUUCAUUAUCUUUCUGACCUGUUAAACCCAGAAAGAUCUCGCUUCCCAGCAUUUGAACUUUGACCAGUGGAAGAACAAAUGUUUUACCCAAAGGGCGGUUAGACAGCUUAGUGCCUCAGAUGCCAACUACUAGAACAAAACUAUGAGCUCAUCCCAAGGACCACAAGCAUGGACAUGGACGUACGACGAAGCCUUCUAGCUAUAAAUCUUAGCAGUAAUAAGCCCAUGUAACUCGGAAAUAAAAACUAAGUAUCUGCAUGCUUCUAAUGCUGUUGUCAGUGGAUGUAGUGUCUGUGUUCCUGUUUGUAGCAAAUGUCUUAAUUUGUGAGAUCCACUCUUUUCAUUGUUGUCUUUUGUGCAUGGAGAAAGCAGAACUUAAUUGUUGGGAUGUGCCAUUGUGAAGAUGCAAUACAAAUUUCAGUCUAUAUGUUAAGAAAAUAUGUAGUAUGUUAGUCUGUAUUAGUACAGACAGUUUUGUUUUCAGUUUAAUUGAGUAUCAAGAUUGUGAAAAUAAACAGGUGUGUUUAUAGAAAUAAUGGGUAGGGGGUCAGCAUAUAUCUAUUUUUUAUUAUUGUUUUAUGUUUUUAUUUAAAGUAGAUAGAAUCUAAGUGACUGUAGUUGAUCAUUUGAUCUUUAAAACACAUUAUAUCCCACCCCCGAGAUUGAUGAAUAGCAGAAAUGGCAUCUUUCACCAUCAGUCAAAGAUGACAAGAUAUUCAGGUACAGUAUUAUUGCAACACAACCUUGGUGGAAGUCAAGAUAACCCCAUUCAAAAAAGCUACUCACAGUAUUAAGUACUGGUAAGUGGUCACUAUUAAAGAUGCUGUGUGCAAGCUACUAUAGCUGCUGCAGGCCUUGCUGUUAAUUGGGAUGACCAGUGGAAAAUGUUUUCUGUAGGACAGUUGAUAUCUGAUUUCUUAAACAUUGCUUUAAAAAGUCUAUUUGUCCUUCCUGAUUUAAGCUAUAUUUUCCAGGAUUCUUAACAUACUGGAACAGUUCUGGAUUUCUGAUACUGUUACUUUAUAUGUUUGAAUUCAUUCUGUUCCAAAGUUUGUUAUCAAAGGUUUGAACAGCCACACUGUACAGUGGUUGCAUGGUAUUACUUAUGCAAGUUGUUAGCAGAGGUGAAGAUCAGUAGGUUAGUUUUUGGGUCUUCUAAAUGUAAUGUGGCUGUUGUUUUGAGAUGUGUUUGGGUGCAUUGAAUGUGUGCACGUUUUGAAAGGGCUAACAUAAUUUGACCAUAUUUUAGACUACAAAUCUGGAAAGAUUUAGGCUAAUUGGAGAAUGGAUCAGAGCUACAGUAAUUUAUUGUGUACUUUUUAAAUCUUCUAUCUGAAAACAGUGAAUUAAAACAUAUUAGACAGGGUUAAAACGUUCUUCCAGGCACCAUCUAACCUAAUCAAAAAAAUAAAUCUUAAUUGUAUUGUCUUCGUGUUGAAUAGGGGUGGGUAUUGGGACUGAGGAUCUGUAUUGCAAUAUAUUGCAAUACUGAAGGCAAUGUUGUGAUAUGUUGUG